CUCAAUGCAGAGCGGCAGCCGGACCCUACCGUCAUCUGAGGGUGCCCUCCUCUUCCACUCCGACAGUUCCCGGAGGUUCCCACCAUCAUCACCGGCCUCCCUCGUCGCCCUCCCCGAAAAGGCAUUGAGAACCUGCUACCGCCACCGCCUUCGGCUCUGCAGCCCUCGCCUCCGCGCCACCUUCGCCUUCGCCCUGGUGCCCGGGCCGCCAGCCAUGGCCACCCCGCUGCUCUCCCAAGUGCGCCAGAACUACCACCCCGACUGCGAGGCCGCCGUCAACAGCCAGAUCAGCCUGGAGCUCUACGCCUCCUACGUGUACCUGUCCAUGGCCUUCUACUUCGACCGCGACGACGUGGCCUUGAAGCACUUCGCCCGCUUCUUCAUGCGCCGGUCCCGCAAGGAGACCCAGCACGCCGAGAAGCUGAUGGAGCUGCAGAACCAGCGCGGGGGCCGCCUCCGCCUCCGCGACAUCAAGAAGCCGGACCGCGACGACUGGGAGGGCGGCCUGAAGGCCAUGGAGAGCGCCCUGCACCUGGAGAAGAGCGUGAACCAGAGCCUGCUCGACCUGCACCAGCUGGCCACCGACAAGAACGACGCCCAGCUGUGCGACUUCCUGGAGAGCCACUACCUGCACGAGCAAGUCGAGGCCGUCAAAGAGCUGGGGGGCUAUGUCACCAGCCUGCGCAAGAUGGGGGCCCCCGAAGCCGGCCUGGCAGAGUACCUGUUUGACAAGCUCACCCUGGGUGACAGCGACAAAAAGUACUGA